AUGCCGCCUAAAAAACAAGAACCCAGUAAAAAAACUGAGAUGAAGAAGAAGGAGAAGAUUAUUGAGGAUAAAACAUUUGGCAUGAAAAAUAAAAAGGGGGCAAAGCAGCAGAAGUUCAUACAAACAGUUCAACAGCAAGUCAGUCAGAUGGGAAAGUCUGCCAAACAAAUAGCACAGGAUAAAGAGAAACAAGACAAAAUGUCAAAGAAAGAUGAAAAGAAAAAGGCCAUUGAGGAGUUGAACACUCUUUUUAAACCUGUUGAACAAAAAGUUGGAAAAGGCACAGACCCCAAAUCAGUCCUUUGUGCAUUCUUCAAGUCUGGUCAGUGCACGAAAGGUGACAAGUGCAAAUUCAGUCACGACCUCGCAAUCGAGAGGAAAGCUGAAAAGAGGAGUCUCUAUGAUGAUCAGAGAGAUGAAGACACGAUGGAGAAUUGGGAUGAGGCAAAGUUGGAGGAAGUUGUCAAAAAGAAGCACGGGGAGAGUGAUAAGAACAAGCCAAGGACCGAAAUUAUUUGUAAAUAUUUCUUGGAAGCAGUCGAGACAAGUAAGUAUGGUUGGUUCUGGAGCUGCCCAAACGGUGAAAACUGCAUUUAUAGGCACGCCCUGCCACCUGGCUUUGUACUAAAAAAAGAUCAGAAGAAAGAAGACAAAGGAGAUCAAAUUUCAUUGGAGGACCUCAUUGAAAAAGAGAGGGCAGCCUUGACCUCGCAGAAUCUCACCAGGGUCACACUGGAAAGUUUUCUUAAGUGGAAGGAAAAGAAGCGCUUGCAAAAGAUUCAAACUGCACUUGCAGCUACUGAGAAGAAGAAAACAAAUUUUGCUGCUGGCAAACUUUUUGGGAUAAGUGGUCGUGAACUCUUUGAAUUCAACCCUGACCUUGUUAGAGGUGACGACGAAGAAGCUGAUGAUGAAGUCUACCAGAAUGGUGAUGACGAUAAUGACGAGGUGAUUUAUUAUUCCACAUAA